AUGGAUACAGAGCUGCCCGAAGUGCCAGAUGACUGGAGGUUGCUCUAUGGAAAAAGAUGCCAUCUACCGGUGGAGAUCGAACACAAAGCGUACUGGGCAAUCAAGCAGAUCAACCUCAGUAUGAGCUUAGCUGGAGAAGCACGAAAGUUGCAGAUGAGUGAGCUAGAAGAGCUCUGGUUGGAGGCAUAUGACAAUGCUGUACUCUAUAAGGAGCGAACUAGAAGAAUCCACGAUGCUAGGAUCAGGAAGAAGGAAUUUUGGAUAGCUGUAUUUAUAGACAAAACACAGUCCUGGGGCUCCAAUAACUUAUACAAAUCCAACAAAAAGGUCCUACUGUUCAAUUCCCAUUUCAAGAUGAUGGCUGGAAAACUUCGUUCAAAAUGGUCUGGACCAUUUGUGAUUAAAGAGAUCUUUUCAAAUGGAAGCAUUGAAGUGUAUGAUCACAAUGGAGUUGACACAUUUGUGGUGAAUGAGCACCGUCUGAAGCCUUACCAUGAAUAUGGUGAAGUGGAGAAAGGGAAAGAUGAGUGUCACCUUCUCGACCUUGUUUAUGAAUGA